AUGAGCAAAGUUGUGUUCGUGGGAAACGUUCCUUACAAUUAUGGCGAGGAACAACUCAUAGACGUGUUCAAGUCCGUCGGGUCGGUCGUCGGUUUCCGACUGGUCUUCGAUCGGGAUACAGGCAAACCGAAAGGUUACGGUUUCUGUGAAUUCGCAGACCACGAAACCGCAUUAUCUGCCGUCCGCAAUCUCAAUAAUCAAGAUGUUGGUGGUCGACCGCUUCGCAUUGACCUGGCAGAUUCGGACCCAUUCCUUGAAGGCAAGACCACAGUGCGCGGGGAAUUGAUUGACUCCGGUUGGGGCUCUCGAGGUGGAAAGGGUGGCGACGUCCCUCCCUUCCUCAAGAAUCUACCUCCUGGACAACCACUACAACCGGGCAUGAAUGCGCUUGAUGCUAUCACUCAGACGCUCGCAAACACCAAUCCUACACAGGUGGUGGAAGUGCUUGCACAGAUGAAGGCGUUUGUGAUCACCCACCCUGAACAGGCGCGGGCUCUGCUCGUGCACAACCCUCAGCUGGCGUAUGCACUUUUUCAAGCUCUAGUCUUGAACAAGAUCGUCGACCCUGCAAUAUUACAACGUAUGCUUGGAAACACGGGCGCAGCCAUUCCCCCUCUAGCGGCAACUCCAGCUCAGGUACCUCCGCCAUUUGUCCCACCUCCCGCGCCGGCGGCAUCACAAGCGGCGUUCUAUCCUCAGCCUCAGCCUCAGCAACCUGCGCUACAACCUUCUUUCUUCGGUGCCCCACCGGCGCAAGCCCGUGCUCCGCCUCCUACGGUCCCCGCCCCUAUGCCGUCAGCCACACCUUUAGACAAUCUCAACAUAGAUCCUGCUCAGAAGGCGAUGUUGAUGCAAGUUCUCUCACUUACUCCGGAGCAGAUCGACGCCCUUGCGCCUGGCGACCGGAAUACCUUGAUGCAACUGGUGCGCCUGAUCUUCCUUGAUUACUUCAGUAACGCUGACUACGUACAUACUUACCCCUUUGGCGGACACCUUGUCUACAUCGUGUCCUUUCCACUGCUGUUCAUCCCCAUAUCCCACCUUACACAGCGUCGCUCCUUCAACCUUUGA